CUAGGGCUCAGUGUCAGCAUUACAAAUCCACCACUUCUGGAGGCCAUUUCUCCUUAUUUUUUUUUUAAUUUCUACUUGCACAUGGUAAAGUGUGCACUAAACUUGGUGAACCACCACCUGGCCCCUAGAGUGGUCCCUUAAUAAAGAUAUUAUUUCUGGUCCCACAAUGGACUGUAAGUUUAUUUGAAGCCUCUUUUGUUCCAGGAAAAACUUAACAGCAGCCUCUGUCUUGCCUUUACAGCUGCCCAACUUUAUCAACACCACCCUUCCACCACAUGAACAGGUAACGGCCCAAGAGAUUGACAGCUACUUCCGUCAGGAGCUCAUCUAUAAGAGGAACGAGCGGAUGGGGAAGAGGGUCAUGGCAUUGCUGCAGGAGAAUGAAGAUAAGAUCUGCUUCUUUGCCUUCGGAGCAGGUCACUUUCUGGGGAACAACACAGUCAUCGAUGUCCUUCGGCAGGCGGGCCUGGAGGUGGAGCACACACCAGCAGGGCAGAACAUUCAUAGUCCUGCUGCCCAGAGUUCAGCACCCCCUCCCGAGGGGACCUCAGCGAGUCCCACCCCUGAGACUCCAGCUGCUGCCGUCCCUAUAGCUCCCUCGGUGACUCCCACAACACUCCCUGAAGAGGAGGACCCGGCCCUGUCCCCACACCUCCUGCUUCCUGACAGCCUCAGCCAGUUGGAGGAGUUUGGGAGGCAGAAGAAGUGGCACAAGAAGCAGAACAAGCAGCAGCGGCCACGGCAGUUCAACGACCUCUGGGUCCGCAUCGAGGACAGCACCACUGGCUCACUACCCCCACUGCCCCUACAGCCCACACACAGCUCUGGAACCUCCAAGCCCCUCUUGCAGCUCUCUGAUCCACUCCAGCAUCAGGAAGAACCGGAGGCCACCAGCAGCGCUGUGCUUGGCAGCUCACAAACCUCCCUGGGCCUCCUUCCCACCGUGGUCACCAGCCUCACAGCCUGCCUCCUGCUGCACACCCUCGGGCCCUCCUGACCCUGGCCACCCUGGGCACUGAAGCUAGAGAAACCUGGGGAGCGUCUGCAGCCACAACCCACUGCCCCUGGUACCACCUCCAGGGGGAGCUGACAUCCACCAUGGGACAACACAGAUGGGAUCCCUUAGGACACCAGAGCUUUAAUGUACCUGAGUUACAUCUUCUCUUUUGUAGAAGGUUUUUAAUUUCCCAUAGUGCUAUGGGGCUCUUUUGUAAAAUAUGUGUCCAUAUUAAAAGAGAAAAAUGUAUUUAUUCUACUGAUAAAAAGAAACUAUUUAACAACUCUUAAAUUAGUCCCACCACCAAUCCAGGAACUUAGCCCAUGUAUGCUGGGACAUCUGUGAUCCUGUGUGAACUGUAGCUUUGAACUGACUCCUGGAUCAACAGAAACCUCCAGAGUCCAGGUCUGACUUCUCACUCUGUGAAGGGGCCUCAGAAGGAGGGCCAGGCAGACAGGCUUAGCUUUUGUGAGACUGGAGAUCCAGAGAUAUGAAUGCUGACAGUCCUUCCCUUCCCUGGAGGAAUCCUGGGCACUGGAAAGAAACUUUAGGAAGAGAGAUUGCUGCUACUUUGAAAAGCCAGAGAGUCUCUGAACUAGCCCUCCAGACUUCUGGGAAAAGGGUCCCACCAAAGCGCUGCUUCAGAGGUGGGAGUGGGAGUGAGAGUUGGUGCUGCAGAAGGAAGCACCAUGUGACAGGUGGUUAAACCUAGAGCCAAAGAGAGGAGAAUGGCUUCCCAAGGUCAUAUAGCAAAUAAGGAGCCCAGGAUGUCAAUCCAGACCUCCCUGUUCUGUAUCAUUAAUCCAGCUUGGAUUACAAACUAUUGAAGUCACAGCCAAAUGGAGUGAGCUGGGCCAAAGGACAGGCAUGGACAGAGAAGGUCAGUUUUAAGGACUGAGCCCUUGGAGUCCCACAAAUAAAGAUCAUAAUGAGAGUUGCUGUUGUCCAAAGCCUGUGUGUGGUGUGUACUUUACACACUCACUUUACUGUUGAUCUGUGAGAAGUGAGUGUAGUCCUCAAAGGAGGAAAUUGAACCCCUCCUAGAGAGGUGAAGGUAUUUGCUCAUGGUCACCCAACCAGGACAUAGCCCAAGGUCAGUGUGAUUCGAAGCUAUGCUGUCCUCUAAACCAUCCUCUGCUCUGUCCUCUCUACACCUUGGCCAAAAGUCUCUGGCAAUAGUAUGUGCCCCAUGCCCUGACUUGUAUCUUGGAGCCAUGAAAAAUCAGAGGCUAAGAGUUUGGGUGCAUCUGGAGGAGCAUGGCCAGGCUGGAGAAACAGCAACCAAAGGGAGACAGGCAGGUAGCAGACUCAGAGAGUGCCCUGGCACCCCAAGACCAAGUUGCUAACUGAGAAGGUAGAGGAUCCAGGCUGGCCAACCCCCAGCCCCACAUCCUCACUAGUCUGGUGCCUCAUCAAUGACAGAAUCAUGGAACCCAAGAGCAGAAAGGACAACCCUUCCCUCAAACUGAGAGAUAGUAACAGUGAGGGUGAUAAUCAAGCCCAGAAAGGGGAGAUAUUUUCCCAAUACUGCACAGCUGGGCAACCCUGCUAAUGCCUGUCUCAGUGCUCCCCAAUAUCAUGGCCCCUUGGGUUUCCCUGAGAGAUCUGGUCAUAGCUAAUCAACCCCACUGUUGUCAUACCCAGCUUGGCAGCUGUCUUCUUCUGAGACACUGGAAUCUGGACAGUUCAUUGGACAGUCAGGAGCUCCAGGGGCAUCUUGGCGGGCAGCUGAAUUCUUUUCACUUGGGCCCAGCAUGGAUGUGUUGGAGCUUGGGACCUGGUAGGAGCCCUGAGCCCUGCUUCAGAGGUUCCAGGGCAUCAGGCUGUAAACUGAACUUGACCCCAUCCAGGACUGGCGUCCAUUGAUCCUUGGCAGAAAUGUGACUUCCUAUUUCUGAGCGGGAAGGGGCUUAGCUGACUUACAAAGCAGGCUCUGAAGGCCUGUUGGACAUCAAACAGCUCGUGCAGAGCACUCUUUGGAUGAGAUAAGUGUAAAGGAAUUAGAAACACACAGGCCAGAUUUCCCUCUGUUCAGAGCAAAGUGUGGCAUGAGACAUAUUGAGAUGGAGCUUGAGGUUAAUUAAAGAUGAAGCUUUUGGGUAAACAGCCCAGGCACCUGACCGCGUGCCCAGAUCUGUGCCAGGCACAGGGCCAGAGAGGCAAAUUAACUCAGUGUGUCAUUAUGGAGCCCGUGCAGUGCCAGGCUCAGUGUUGAGGUUUGACUGAGCCACUUUUCCUGGCCUAGAACAACUCACCAUCACUGAGAUGGAACAAGCAGUCCAGCCCUGGGUUCCAGGAGGAUCCUGAAAUUAUAUCCUGCCCAGGCCCCUAAUCAGAGGCACAAUCAAUUCCAGUCUCCUGCAGGUUCCUUCUCUAGACAGGUUGGAGGAUUCCAAGUUCCCUUACCCAAGCAGUAAAACUGAAAGAUAGCUGGCCGGUGACAGAUGAAUGGACUGAUUUUCUAGGUAAACUUGUUCUCAAGAUAGCCAAGGCCAGUGCAGGUUAGACUACUGCAGCCUGAGUUGCUGAUCCCUGCAGUCCACCCACUGGCCAGAGUUUGAAAUGAAUUGAACUCACUUAUUUAUCUCCCAGACCAGGAGCACAUAUGUGAGAAUCCACAUGAUUGAGACACUUAAAUUCUCUCACCCUGGAUGAGGGAACCAUGAAUCCAUCAUUCAUUUUGGAAACAUCUACCUACCACUGAGGACUUUUUUGUCUAGUGUGUUCUAUGGUCUCCUUAUACUUCUGUGAAGACUGUAGAGAAUUUUGCACAUUUCCUGGGCCUCCCUGCUUCUCUUGAGGCCAGCAGGGAAGAUGAACAGUGAGACCCAGCAGGUUAUGUGACCUGCCUGGGGUUAAGCAGCAUAUUAGCAGUGGCCCUAGGCCCUGUCCUUCAAGGAAGCUGAAUGAAUGAAUGAAUAGUUCAAAGGUUUGCAGGGACCUUGAAGGGACUGGCUAGCAAGGCCAUAUCAUUAUUUUUCUCUCCAAGGACUCAUCAGCACCAGGUAAAUCAGGGCCAGCAGCAUCAGGAAGCAAGGGAGUCACAAAGGACAAGCAAGAAUUCUUCAGCUGUGAGACUCAAGGUUCUGAAGUCUAGGAAGUAAGAAAAUUGUGCUGAUGGGCAAUUUUACUUUUGCACUGCAAAACCAAGAGUAGCUUUUCUUGUGCUGAAAGCCUGUUAUCUCCUUCCUUUCUCCAUCCAGACUGGGACAAGCCUCAGACUCAAGACAUGCCCCACCUGCCCAGUCUCCAGCUCAGUGUCAUCAUUACAACAGAUCCCAAAGAAAGAUCCUCUACCAGAAGAACUAGAGUUGCACCUUAAAACUUCAGCUUUGAUGGGAUCUUGUGUGGCAGAGAACAGAACUGAAGCUGGUGAUAGCAUUUCAAUAGCUGUGGAUUGAGAACCAAAACCCCAAUCUUGUUGUUCUAGACUCUCCAUGAUGUGACCCUACUGGCUUCCCCAGGCAGCUUUCUUAGAUAUUUUACUCUUAAGUGUGGCCAAACUGAAUCAGAUAUGCCACUUCUGAUAGAGACAGUGUUUGACACAUGCUCCUCCCUUGGUUUAGAAAGUCUCUUCUUUUACACUAACUGCUCAUCCUUUGAGGAUCAACCCAGAUAGCACCUCCUUCAGGAAGCCCUAUGUGAUCCCUGUGAACUGUCUUACUUUCUAUCCCAACACUUAUAAGCAGUCUAACUGUGCAUCCACUCCCCUGUAGGGCUCACGUGCAUGAAUGUUCCACAUCCUCAUCUGGCACAAGGAAGGCACUCGAUAGAGGCAUGGAGAGAGAAAGAGGAGGAAGGGAAGGGAAGGGAAGGGAAGGGAAGG